AUGCUGGAGUCGAUGCGGGAUGAUGUCGACAUUUGGGAGGAGGAGGCGGAGAAUUCGUCGAAUCUGCGGCGUGGGUCGUUCCAGGUGACGUCAGCCGCCGCCAAAGACGCCCGCGACGCCGCCUCGCCCCUCGUCGCGCCCCUCCACUCCGCCGCCGCCACCGGCGGCAAAAAAGAGGAGAGCAAGGAGAACAACAAGAUCAUGGCCGGCUCGCUCAACAAGCUGGUGGAGGCCCUCACCUCGGACACCCAGUACGACAACCGAUUCCUGAAGACCUUCAUCACCACCUACCAGUCCUUCACCACCCCCGCCAAGCUCUUCGACAAACUCCUCCAACGGUACAACGUGCGAACGGACCGGGUGGACGCGUCGCGGGUGAAGGCCAUUCAGCUGCGGGUGUGCGUGGUGCUCAAGUAUUGGGUGGAGAACCAGUUCUUCGACUUUGACGAGGAGCUCAUCCAGCAGAUCUUCGACUUUGUCGGCGGCACCCUCGAGCAGAACAACCCCGACCUCGCCGGCAUGGUCGCCAAGGAACUCCAAAACCGCAUAUUGGAGCGGAAGGACAAGAUGAAGACGAUGUUCAUCAAGCCGCAGGAGCUGGUGGCGCCGCAGGUGUCGAGCGUGUCGGCCCUCUUCAUGAGCAUGAAGGCCGAGGACCUCGCCCGCCAGCUCACCCUCAUCGAGUUCGAGAUCUACUCCUCCAUCUCCGGGUCGGAGUUGUUGGGCCAAUCGUGGAACAAGGAGUCGCUGCAGCACCGGUCGCCCAACGUGAUGGCCCUGAUCCACCGGGCGAACAAGCUCUCGUUCUGGGUCUCGACCAUGAUCCUCAACGAGGACACCCACAAGGCCCGCAAGAAGAUCUUCGAAAAGUUCAUCGCCAUCUCCGACCAGCUCUUCAAACUCAAGAACUUCCACACCCUCAUGAGUAUAAUUGCGGGGAUCAACACGAGUCCGAUAUCGCGGCUGCGGGCGACGAAGAAGGACAUCAAGGGCAAGCUCACGAAGGCCUUCAAGCGGCUCGAGGAGAUCAUGAACCCGCAGGGCUCCUUCAGCAACUACCGCAACAUCCUCCACACCUCCUCCCCACCCUGCAUCCCCUACCUGGGAGUGUAUUUGUCGGACCUGACGUUCAUGGAGGACGGCAACCCGGACAAGGUGGACAACCUGAUCAACCUGGGCAAGCGGGAGCUGAUCUACCGCGUGAUCGAGGAGGUCAACCAGUACCAGGUCACCCCCUACCAGAUCCAGGCCAACGAACCGAUCCACACCUUCCUCCGCGAGCUCCCGCACCUCGAGGAGAAGGACCUCUUCGACCUCUCCCUCGUCCGCGAACCGCGCCGGCCCCAGAACUGA